GAGAAUGUAACAGCCCCGCACCACAAAAUGGAGGAAAGGAAUGCGAGGGUCCAAACAAGGAAAGUCAAGCCUGUAACACCCAGGAAUGUACAGUUGAUGGAGACUGGUCAGAAUGGAGUGAUUGGAGCGAUCCUAGUAGGACAUGUGGAGGAGCCAUGCGGUACAGAACAAGAACGUGUUCAAAUCCUGCUCCGCUAAACGGAGGGAAAAUUUGUGAAGGAAUUGCAAGAGAAACAAAACAAUACAACACAGCUCCUUGUCCAGCCAAGGUUGGUCUUCGUCCAGUUACGAGGACUGUUCUCGAAAACAUUGGAAGCUUCCAAGUUUUGGUUUUCAGAUCUGGAAAUUCCAUUGGAACCAAUAAAGUUUUAGUUUCAACUAUUCCUGGAUCAGCAUUACCAUCCAAAGAUUACAUCCAUGUCCCAGAAACAGAGGUUAUCUUUAAACCGGGCGAGGCCACCAAAAAGGUUACCAUCACCAUCAUAGAUGACAAGAUCCUAGAGGGCCUUGAGGUAUUUUUAGUUCAUUUGAGAAGCAACGAUCCUGGUGUAACAGAAGUCAGUCCAGCUUCGUCCAAAAUAACUAUCAUUGACGAUGAUGUGCAAAUUGGUUUAAAGCAAACAAAAUACAGCGUUCGUGAGAGUGAUGGAUGUGUCGUCCUGAACGUCUUUAGAACUGGUUACCUGAAGAAUACCAACACUGCCAUCCUGAACACUUGUGACCAAACAGCCAUGGCUCCAGCAGACUACCAUCCAUUAAAAGACGUCGUUGUUACCUUUGCUUCAUCCGAAAUGCACAAGGAAGUUAAGAUCAAGAUUGUAGACGAUAAGAUCCUCGAAAAGAUCGAAACAUUCUUUGCCAAAUUGACUACGAAAGAUCACAAGGUUUCUGUCGUUAGUCCUGCAAAGGCUUUGAUACAUAUCGUGGAUAACGAUGUCAAAGUUGGAUUCCGUCCAGCAACUUACAAUGUCAUCGAAAGUAGCACAUACGUCCCAGUCAAGGUCUACAGAGUUGGUAACAUCAAUAGUGCCACUAAAGUUAUAUUGAAUACCAAUGAUGGAACAACCAAGGCCAAUAGCGACUACGGUCCUCUUGUAAACUUCCCGGUGAUAUUCGCAGCCGGGCAGACAAUGAAGAGUAUCAGGGUACAAAUCAUCAACAACAGAGUGGUGGAAAGUGUGGAAAGCUUCACUAUUAUGAUGACGAGCAGUGAUAGAGAUGUUACGAUGAUCACGCCAAAUGUUGCUAGUGUUAAGAUUGUUGAUGACGAUGCAAUAAUUGGCUUCGAAAAGACGAAAUACAGUGUUGCUGAAACCGCUCGAGCAGUAAAGGUUGUACUCAAGCGAACUGGGGCCACACAAUUUCAACAUUCAGCUAUACUGUUUAGUCGCGAUGGAACAGCUUCCUCCCCACGAGAUUACCAAGGAAUCAGAUCAACCGUCAUCACAUUUGCUGCCAACGAAUUAAACAAAGAAGUCUUCGUUAGAAUCAAUGACGACAACCUCGAAGAAGGACUGGAAAACUUCAGACUCAUUCUCACAACGAGAGAUCCCAGAGUUAUUGUGAGACCUAGGGUUGCAUCUAUCGACAUUAUUGACAACGAUGUUAAUGGCAGAUGGUCAGAUUGGUCUGACUGGAGCGCGUGCGGCAAGACAUGUGGACUUUCAACGCAGAGCAGGAUCAGAGACUGUACCCCACCACUGGGUGGUGGACACCCUUGCGUUGGACCAGCAAAACAAGUUAGACGAUGUUUCAUCAGACGAUUUUGCCCAGUGAACGGUGGCUUCAGCAACUGGAGUCGUUGGAGUAGAUGUUCUAGGUCAUGUGGACGUGGAAGUUCCUCAAGGGUUCGUGCUUGCAACAACCCUAUUCCACGAUUUGGUGGUGCUCCGUGUAGAGGAGCAACAAGACAAUUCAAAACCUGCAAUGAGCAAUGUUGUCCAGUUAAUGGAAUGUGGGGAAGCUGGGGUUCAUGGUCCUCCUGUAGUAUCUCGUGUAGAGAAAGUGCUUUCUCCUAUGGUAUCAGAGUACGAAGAAGGUUGUGUAACAACCCUGCACCUUCUUGCAACGGAAGGUUCUGCUUCGGUGGCUCAGCUGCGGCAAGACAAGUUGUGAGGUGUUUUCCAAACUCACCGUGUUUUGGAUCAGAAAGUGAACCUGCAACGCGCCCACCAAAUCAAUACGGAGUCGAAAGCCAGUCUGUGACUAAGCCACCAAAUCAAUACGGAGUCGAAAGCCAGUCUGUGACUAAGCCAGCAAAUCAAUACGGUGGAGAGAGUCAGCCUGCAACACAAGCACCUCCUUCCUACGGUGGAGAGAGUCAGCCAGCAACUCAAGCCCCACAUCCUUACGGAGGAGAGAGUCAGCCAGCAACUCAAGCCCCACAUCCUUACGGGGGGGAGAGCCAACCAGCAGCUCAAGGACCACAUCCAUAUGGAGGAGAGAGUCAACCUGCAACUCAAGCACCACAUCCAUACGGCAGCAACCCCUAUUGAUCAGCUUAGAAUGAAAGUCUAGAGGACUAAAAUAGAAAUAAUUAAGACACCUUAAGUACUUUUUUGCGAUUAAACUGCUCAGUUCAACUACCAACUGCACACAUUAAUGGAUAACUAAGUUAAACUAAAUCAACUAAAAAAAAGUCGACAUUCUAUUUGUGAAAAAAGACAUUUAAAUUGUGAAACAAUAAAUAGAUAUUCCCUGCA